ACAAGAAACGUGUCCUGUGAGGCUCGGCCUCUGCCCAUCUCAGACCUGCAGGCGAGGAAAAGAAAAGAAGGUGUAGAAGUGGAGCAACAACCUUCGACCACGUUUCAGCGUGACCAGCAGUUGAAGUUGCACGAAGAAUCGCGUGACAGUUUGCAACAAUCACCGGACGUUCCGUCAGAUGAAGCCGCUCCAGACAACAUGCAGAUAUUUGCUGUCAUCAUCGGUAUCAAUGACUAUUUAUGCGAAGAACCUCUACAUGGGGCAACUGGCGAUGCUAAGAAAAUCGCCGAAUUCCUCAAAAUCUCACUGCAAGUCCCUAAAGAGAACAUGAUCGUGUUGCUGGAUGGUGACGCGAUACGGGAUGAGAUCCUCAAAUCUCUUCAUAGUCAUCUCCGCGACAACGUCCGAAUCCAUUACGGAGAUGCCAUCAUCAUAUAUUUUGCCGGUCAUGGCACCAUCUACGAAACGCACGUACGCGAACCCAUGGAGGCAAUCAUGCCGAUUGAUAGCGGUUUCGAAUUGCCAGACGGCACGCACGUUGUUGACAUCAGCGAUCGUCAGAUCAAUCUGUUCCUCCAGGAGCUUUACGAUGCGAAGGGAGGAAACAUCACGGUCGUAACGGACUGUUGUUACUCAGCAGGGUCCACCCGCGAUCGCUCUUCCCCGCAUAACUUUACUGCUCGCAGCAGGCCUUCUCUCCAGCUCACGCACCAGACCUCAUCAACUCCGCCGAAGCGGACCAGUGGAAGCGGUGGAGUCCCGGGUCUGCGACUGACUCCCUAUACCAAUCGUAUAAGGAAUCACACAUGUUGCUUGCGGCGUGUCGUUCCAACGAGAAGGCUUUUGAAAACGAAAAGGGAGGCGCGUUCACGCGGUUACUAUUGCAAAUAUUGCAUUCCCGUUCCCUCCACUCCCUCACCUACGAAAUGCUCGAGGAUUACAUGACUCACCCUUCCGUUACAUACUACCAGCACCUUAUUGUCCUUGGAGAACACAAAGCGAGCCGCAUUUUCCGAAUCGGCCAUCCCCUCGACAGGCACCGCUCGCGUGCGAUCGACACGCUCAGCGAGGUUGGAGAGAUGCGAAGUGGGCACGCGUGCGCAACACACGUAUGCGGGGGCGCACAGACUGGUCAGUGGAGGUGGAUGGCACAUCAUGCAGGGUAAAGCGAGAAGGGGACCGCAACGUGUAUGAGGCGCAGUGAGUAGGUGAGCGAGGCACAAACAGCAAUUUCAGUUCUCUGUCCGCGUUGGUUCUUUGAUACAGUUAGGCUGUUUUUGUGCUUCUUAGUCAACAUCUUACAUUGCUCGCCACGUCCUACCUGCUUUCGUUCACGAACUCCAAUACCAGUAUAGUCCAUUGGGCUCAGGUAGCAGAGGCGAGACAAGUGGGACACCUGGUACGGGCAGUGGGUCGA